AUGAGUUUAAACAAAAUUAAAUACGACGAGCUGGAGGAACUGAGGAGGAAAAAUGAAAUCAUGAUGAACUUGCUAAAUAAGUUAAUCACAUUCGAUAAGAAAAGGGUAUUUCUCUAUCCCGUCAAUGUGCAGUUUGUUCCAGAUUAUUUGAACAUAAUAAAAGAACCAAUGGACUUCACCACCAUGAAGCAGAAAAUACAAAAUUAUAAAUAUAGGGCCUUUCAAGAAUUUGAAAAGGACGCCUUCUUAAUUAUCAAUAACUGUUACACAUACAAUGACAAAAGUACCAUCUACCACAGGAUGGCAGAAAAUCUGGAAAAUUACUAUAAAAAGGUUGCCCCAAAAAUAUAUAGGAAGUACCUAAAUAUACAUCUGCUAUAUCACAGUGAGGAUAAGGAUGUGUUAAAUAAUACCCUAUAUGACCCGAACAUAUAUGAGGGUAAAAAAACAUCUGUUAAGGAAUUUAAAAAAAAUCUCAGGCCAAAAAAACACGGAAAGGUAGGCAGACCGAGCAAACUAAGCCUAAGUCUUAAAAACGAACACCCUGAUAUGAGCCAACCCGUGAAUGUUAAUAAAAAAAAAAAAAAAAGUAACAGUAAAAAAUUAGCAAAGACAAAUUUGCACAUGCAAGGUAAAAAGCAUUUUUAUGACAAUGCUUAUGGUUCAUUUAAAGGUAUCGCCCCAAAUUAUAUGUAUGGAUAUAAUAAUAAAGCAUAUGCAAGUUUAGAGAAUAUGCUGGAGAAGGAAAACUUCUCCACAAUCUUAGAUACCAUUCAAAAUAGUAAUUACAAAUCGAAGGAUAUUUUUGGUAUGCUAAUUAAAGUACUGUCAGAUAACAAGAGCAGGUACUCCCCCCUAUGUAACUAUGUAAAUAUAAGCCAAUCGCUAAGGAAAGUAUUUUUUGGAGUUCCCACUUCGUCAAAAAAUAAAAAUAAAAAUUAUUCCCCAGCAUGCAGUAGUGAAAGUUACGCCGAGCUAUCCCCAAACAGCAGAAAAAGAAACAUAAUCGAUAAAGUGGACGUAAGCGAUGUAAACGAAAGUGCAAAUGUAAAUACUAAAAAGAGGAAACACUCAAAUGAAGAGGAACAGGAUAAUUACACGGGACCCACUUCACACAGCAGUGCUGAAAACGAGACGGAUGCUAAGACUGACAUAAGCAUUGACAGAGAAGCCAGCUGUGGGGAUUGCGAAUCGCCACCCUGUCAGCCUGACAGUAACGAGAAUAACAGCACAGAUGAUUUAAACAGUGAUAGUUUAAAAACAGGCGAAUGCCAGGAUGAAUCCUUCGCAGACACAUUAAAUAACCAUUCUGCAGAGGAAGUAAAACCCCCAGAUAAGGAAAACGAACUAGAAAAGGAUUUCGUAACAUACAAUAUUGAAAAAAAAGAAUUAACCAUGAAACUGCUAAACUACAAAGAAAGUGUAAAAAAAUUUAUCGGAGAAUCAAAUCUUCCCACAUUCAUUAAUAUAUUCCCAAACAUUUACAACAUUCUAGAUAAUGCAGAUUCAAAAAAUUUAUACUAUUCUUCCUUCAAUGACUUGAGGGUUUUUGGCUUAGAUGUAGCAGAUUUUGGCGAAUUUAACCAAAAAAUUUCCUACAAUAAAAAUUACCUCCUGGGAGUUGGUAGAUAUCAUAUAAAAAAUGUCCUAACAUUGGAUAAAAAUUUGACAAACAUAAUGCUUAACCAAGGGAACAAAUCUCACUUUUGUGAGCAGAUAAAGUCAUACUUGUCAAAUGGGAAGAAUGAAGACCAGAAAAGCAGGGCCUCACGCCAGCACAGUGAAAGUGAGAACACCAAACAGUCAUCUACAAAUACAGAGGAGUGUUUCCAAAGAAGUGAAAAUCAAACAGAGGAUACUUCACACUUCGAAAUGGGAAGUGGGGGGGGAAAUCCUGUUAUGCAAAACGAUGACGAUGCUAGCAGUUCUCACUUGCAAAGUGAUAAUGAUGACCAUUCCUCCGAAACGGAAAAUGAAACACCCACAGAUAGUACCCUUGGGAAGGGGGAAAAUACGAAUACCCCCCUAGACAACUCUCAUGUGAUGUUCAGUGAUACAGAUUUUAAUAACAAUUGGAACUAUAGCAGUGACCAAUUUUCAAGCGAAUCAUCCGACAUUGACAAUUUGGACAUGAGGAACUUUUUAGAUACGUAUAAUUCAUAUAGCAAGAAAUUUGUAAGGAGGCAACAAAUUUACAGAAUUUUGAAAAAUAGAGUUAAAAAGUUGCUUAAAAAAAAUGCCACCCACCAGGCUAUGCCGUAA